UUUGUCAUUUCCACAGAGACCUACAAUGUGGACCGUUCUAGUCUCUCUGUAUCCGGGGUGUCGUCUGGAGCCAUCAUGGCCACACAACUUCACGUCAUCUAUUCCAGCAGAAUCAUGGGAGUUGGCAUUGUAGCAGGAGUGCCUUUUGCGUGUUCGGGUGGUACUCUGGCUGGAUUGACUACGUGUAUGAAGACUCCAGCACUGGAAUCCGUGUACACGUUUGAAGCACUGGUCUCUUCAGGGGCACUGUUUGGUAAUGUGGAUGCCACGUAUCAUAUGCGCCAUGACAAAGUAUUCAUCUUUAACGGAAUAGAAGACUCAGUUGUUCAUCCAGGCAACGGUCCAAACAUCGCUCGUUUUUACGAGCAUUUCAUCCAUGAUAGCCACAACAUCAAAAAGGUCUUUAAUUUGCACACUGAACACUGUAUGCCAACAGAUAACAUUGGCGGCCCCUGCACAGCUCUUUCAAAAACAAACUACCUUAACAACUGUGGAUACAACGGAGCGUUCGAAAUCCUAAACUUUAUUUACGGAGGACAUCUAAGAAGGCCAUCACGAAAUGCGACUGCGGCUGGAAUGUUGAGGAAGUUUAACCAGGCUGCAUUUUUUGCUGCUCCUCCAAUAACCUACAGCUUAGAUAACACUGGAUACAUUUACAUCCCAUCUAGGUGUCUGGACAAGUCCCACAAAUGUAAACUCCACGUGGCUUUACAUGGCUGUAAAAUGGGCAGACAUUACAUCAAUGAGGACUACGUAACACAUGGGGGUUAUAACGAGGUGGGGGAGCUAAAUGACAUCAUUAUCCUGUACCCCCAGGUCACCCCCACCACCCUCAACCCCUACGGCUGCUGGGACGGUUACGGAUACACAGGGGCAUUGUUUGCGACUAACAAGGGAUUCCAGGAGGAGGGCCUCAGACGUAUGAUGAAGCAGGUCAUGGGGGGAUGGUGAGAGUCAGCUGACAGUUAUACAGGAUUGUCUACACAGGGGAUAAUUUUCCUUUUACAGAUUAAUUUCAUUUUAUACAGACAUCAGAUGUAGCUUGGACCUUUGGUUAUUAUUAUUUGGUUGUAACACAUCAUUAGAUAAAAGAUUUAGUUUAUA